AUGAUCUUUCAUGCGUCACUCGUGAAAAUAUCUUUGUCUUCCGAGUCACGAGAUGAGAGAUACGCCAUAUUUCACAACCCCAGGUCCCUACAACCAGCACUCCUCACGACCCAAAGUCCUUACAACCAGCACUCCUCACCAGCCCAGGUCCUCACAACCAACACUCCUCACCCCCCUAGGCCCUCACAACCAGCACUGAUCACCACCCCAGGUCCUCACAACCAGCACUCCUCACCAGCCCAGGUCCCCACAACCAGCACUCCUCACCAACCCAGGUCCUCACAACCAGCACUCCUCACCACCCCAGGUCCUCACAACCAGCACUCCUCACCACCCCAGGUCAUUGCAGCCAGCACUCCGCACCAACCCAGGUCCUCACAACCAGCACUCCUCACCAGCCCAGGUCAUUGCAACCAGCACUCGGCAACAACCCAGGUCCCCACAACCAGCACUGAUCACCACCCUAGGUCCUCACAACCAGCACUGAUCACCACCCCAGGUCCUCACAACCAGCACUCCUCACCAACCCAGGUCCUCACAACCAGCACUCCUCACCAGCCCAGGUCCCCACAACCAGCACUCCUCACCAACCCAGGUCCUCACAACCAGCACUCCUCACCACCCCAGGUCCUCACAACCAGCACUCCUCACCACCCCAGGUCAUUGCAGCCAGCACUCCGCACCAACCCAGGUCCUCACAACCAGCACUCCUCACCAGCCCAGGUCCUCACAACCAGCACUCCUCACCAACCCAGGUCAUUGCAACCAGCACUCCGCACCAACCCAGGUCCUCACAACCAGCACUCCACACCAACCCAGGUCCCCACAACCAGCACUGAUCACCACCCCAGGUCCUCACAACCAGCACUCCUCACCAGCCCAGCCCAGGUCCUCACAACCAGCACUGAUCACCAACCCAGGUCCUCACAACCAGCACUGAUCACCAACCCUGGUCCUCACAACCAGCACUCAUCACCACCCCAGGUCCCAACAACCAUCAUUCCUCGGCACCCCAGGUCCUCACAACCAGCACUCAUCACCACCCCAGGUCCCCACAACCAUCAUUCCUCGGCACCCCAGGUCCUCACAACCAGCACUCCUCACCAGCCCAGGUCCCCACAACCAAAACCGAUCACCACCCCAGGUCCUCACAACCAGCACUCCGCACCAGCCCAGGUCCCCACAACCAGCACUGAUCACCACCCCAGGUCCUCACAACCAGCACUGAACACCAGCCCAGGUCCUCACAACCAGCAGUCAUCACCACCCCAGGUCCUCACAACCAGCACUGAACACCAGCCCAGGUCCUCACAACCAGCAGUCAUCACCACCCCAGGUCCUCACAACCAGCAGUCAUCACCACCCCAGGUCCCCACAACCAUCAUUCCUCGGCACCCCAGGUCCUCACAACCAGCACUCCUCACCAGCCCAGGUCCCGACAUCCAGCACUCCGCACCACCCUAG